CUGGUUUAUUUAAGAAGAGCACAGGUAUCUUGAUUUCUCUCAGAAGCACCUUGCUCAAAUGGUCUCAAAUUGAGGCCACCAGGGUUUCUACAGCAAUCUUUGAGACAGCUGGAAUAGAUUCAGAGAUUGUAGAACGACGUCAAACAGGACUGCUGAGCCCAAGUGUGGCUUCAGUGUCACUGACCUAGUAUUAGUGGCUGUAGCCACCUGACUCCACAUCACUUCUUACCUGUGCUGGGUCCAGUGCUUUAGCUAGGAAAUGCCAAAUACACCAUUUCAAUGGGAGCUAAACCCUGCAGCGAAGUAGUUUACAGAAGCUUGAACACAGCAGGAUUCAAUGCAUUAUGUAUGGAGCAGCCCUCUGGAACUGCACAGGCACCUAAGUUAUGCCUGUAGGAAAACAGUAAUUGAAAACCUCCUUCUUCCCCACCUCUUGGAGCUGCCUUGCGUUAAAUAUUAACAGCCUUGGUUCAUCAAUUCCCUGGUUCACUUGGCUUCUUUUAACAACAGAUGUAGUUACAACAACUCCUCUGCCUCCGUCCCUGCUCCUGUCAGCACAGCCCAUGGUGAAACCCAAGACUCCAGUGCUGUAACUCUGCCUGCAGAGCCUGGCUGCUGCCCUGGUCGUGUGGUCUCCUCCAUCUGUCUCCUUGGGAUCACCAAUGCAUCCUGCUUUCCGCAUCUGGGAUUAGCUUGUGCUGUGGGCCACUGGUUGCAGAGAAGGGUUGGUUAAAGGACGCAGAGAAAAGGAGCCCACAGGAAGGAGUUUCUGCUGUCAGAGGGGUGAGCAUGGCCAGCAACUCCAGCACACUGCCCCGGGUGACUUUCCAGACACCAGAGAAACCUGGGGAGGAAUCGUCACACAGGAAACUGGGCAAGUUAACCAUCAAGUACAACCGCAAAGACCUACAGCGCUGGCUGGACCUGGAGGAAUGGAUCAACACCCAACUGCAGGAGCUGUACCAGUGCCGGCUAAGAGAGGAAACAGAGGCAGCAGCUCCUGAACCACAAAUUGACCUUGAAGAUCUCCUGGAGGUCCCUAAUGAAGAACAGAAAUUAAAACUACAGGAAAUCCUCCAUGAGUGCUCCAACCCGACAGAGGACUUCAUUACAGAACUGCUUAGUCGAUUGAAAGGUCUCCGGAGAGUCACCAAUCCUCAGAAGAAAUGACCUUGCCCCCAUGGAACACCCAGCUUUGGUCACAAGGGAAUAUGUAUCUUCCCCACAAAACCCAGGAUCAGAAACAUCACUUCAGAAUAUGUUUAAGACUUACUGAUAUUGAGAAAACAUUACCAAGUUUGUGAACUUUACACCAGUGGUUUGAAGUCUCAGCUCAUCCCAGAUCUACGCAUACAGCAGGGAGCUAGACUGUACAUAUUCCUGAUUCUUAAAGGGCAUGUUAACCUGGGGAACAGGCCAAGAUGUCCUUCCUUUAGUUUCUUCUACGAAUUUCCACGCUGGCUGAGAAGCACUGAAUACAGUUCUCAGGAGCUCAUCAAGACUUCUUUCUUUCCAUCCACUGCAAGGAAAACAAGGCAUUGGUUAUCACUCAUUCAUCAACAUGGAAAAUCAGUUACUGUUAAGCUGCACCCUGUUUCAGUCUGGCUGGGACCCAGCUGUGAUCUCCUGCCUGUUACUGCUGUACCUGACUGUACAGCAUUACACGUACUUUGUAGGUCUUAUGAAGCCUCUGUUAUCAUGGUGGUUGGACAGAAAAUAUAUGGUAGGAUGGAAGGAAAAUGAGUGCACCUGAUCUACUUAAGGGGAAACAACUGCUAAGGUUAAUGGAAGAGACUGUUUUUCCUUUUUGUGGAAUUUAGGACUUGCUUGUUUAGAAGAUGCUUUUAAAUUAUUAAGAUCUGGGAAUGAUUUUAGUCAUCAUUUAAAAAUGGAAAAAUGCUUAUUUUGUAUAUUAAACCACAGAAAACCAGACAUGCACUGCUUGCUUUUGCUCUCUUUUUAGACACUAACAAAAAACUGAAAUGAGAAAAUAUUUGCUCUCAAUUUUCCUGCAGGGAGCAUCUCAGAGCAAGUCUUUUGCCGACAGGUUGGUCUCACAAAUGAGAUAUGAAGUAGGACAGAUUGUCUUGAGGCAAAAACUCUUCUG